CAAAAAAUAGCUACUAGUAUACUUGAAACAAGCUAUUUCAUCAAUCAUCACAUCUGCAUAUUCAGAACCAUUCUUAUAUCUUCCCGUACACCUCUUCUUGGAAAAAAAUGGAGUUAGGAAAAUCAAUUGAGAACCAAAACAACGUCGUGGCAAGACUAGCAAAGAAAGUCAUUGAAACAGAUGUCGCCAAUGGCUCCAAUGUUGUCUUUUCACCGAUGUCAAUCAACGUUUUGCUCAGCCUCAUCGCCGCUGGUUCUAAUCCCGUCACCAAAGAAGAAAUCCUCUCAUUCCUCAUGUCACCGUCUACGGAUCACCUUAACGCGGUCUUGGCCAAGAUCGCGGACGGCGGCACCGAGAGAAGUGAUUUGUGCUUAUCUACGGCUCACGGUGUCUGGAUCGACAAGUCUUCUUAUUUGAAGCCUUCCUUUAAAGAGCUUUUGGAGAAUUCCUACAAGGCUUCUUGUAGUCAAGUUGACUUCGCAACCAAGCCUGUUGAAGUGAUUGAUGAGGUAAAUAUAUGGGCUGACGUCCACACAAAUGGACUCAUCAAGCAGAUUCUUUCACGCGAUUGUACCGAUACUAUCAAGGAGAUCCGUAAUAGCACACUUAUUCUAGCAAAUGCAGUGUACUUCAAAGCAGCAUGGAGUAGAAAAUUUGAUGCAAAACUAACAAAAGAUAACGAUUUUCAUCUUCUUGACGGUAACACGGUAAAAGUCCCCUUCAUGAUGAGUUAUAAGGACCAAUAUCUAAGAGGCUAUGAUGGUUUCCAAGUUUUGCGCCUACCUUAUGUAGAGGAUAAACGUCAUUUCUCCAUGUACAUUUAUCUUCCUAAUGACAAAGACGGACUAGCUGCUCUGCUUGAGAAAAUAAGCACUGAACCAGGAUUUCUUGAUAGCCAUAUUCCACUUCACCGUACACCAGUCGAUGCUUUGAGAAUUCCGAAGUUGAACUUCUCUUUUGAGUUUAAAGCUUCAGAAGUUUUGAAAGACAUGGGGCUUACUUCUCCAUUUACUUCCAAAGGUAAUUUAACUGAGAUGGUUGAUUCGCCUUCGAACGGUGAUAAACUGCACGUCUCAAGCAUUAUUCAUAAAGCUUGCAUUGAGGUGGAUGAAGAGGGAACCGAAGCUGCAGCGGUCUCUGUUGCCAUCAUGAUGCCCCAAUGUUUGAUGCGGAACCCGGAUUUUGUAGCUGACCAUCCAUUUCUGUUCACUGUGAGAGAAGACAAUAGUGGAGUAAUUUUGUUCAUUGGUCAAGUUCUUGAUCCUUCUAAACAUUGAUUGAACUAUGUCGUGUGAUGAGCGUUGUUCGGUUUGCAAUAAUGUAGGAAACCCCGUGGUCUUAGUGUGCUUUUCCAUUGUGUCUCCUACUUAGCUGGAGAAAACAUUAUGAAAUAUGUUUGUUGUAUUUUGUCUAUAUUUAUGGUUUGGUGAAACUAAGUUUGCUUCUUCUUCUUUUUAUUGCUUUGUGUAAGUUCUAAUAGUGUACGUUCUUGUCUAGAAACCAUUGUCCUCAUUUUCUAUCAAAUGAACUACAAUCCGG